ACGUCAUCGUGCGCUCCCUCCGGUUGCUACGGCAACCCGUCUCCCGCACCCCCUCCCCUUCCCAUCCCAUCCCUACGCUGGUAGGAUCCAUAAUGGUACAGGCAGCAUCCUGCAGCACAAUGAGGUCUUUAAAACCGUCGCCUACCGGCAUGUUUUGAACUGAACAGAACUGGACUGUCACCGGACCGGGAACGUCGGACGGGCAGCUGGCACGGAAUGGGAUGCUGCACUGUGAUUGGCUGAGUCCAGUGAGAGACCAUGCUGUUGCCACAGAAAAGAGGAUUUGAUAUUAACAGAACAGUAUUUAUGAACAGACGUUUCUUAUAUAACUGCAGUGCUCCAGUCCUGGAUGUGAAGAUUGCCUUUUGUCAGGGUUUUGGCAAACAAGUUGAUGUUUCGUACAUUGCCCAGCAUUACAACAUGAGCAAAAGCAAAGUGGACAACCAGUUCUACAGUGUGGAAGUAGGAGAUUCCACCUUCACAGUUCUCAAACGUUACCAAAAUCUAAAGCCCAUUGGUUCUGGGGCUCAGGGAAUAGUGUGUGCUGGAUAUGACGCCGUCCUGGACAGAAAUGUGGCCAUUAAGAAACUCAGCAGACCCUUUCAGAACCAGACUCACGCCAAGAGAGCAUACAGGGAGCUGGUGCUUAUGAAAUGUGUCAAUCACAAAAACAUCAUCAGCUUAUUAAAUGUCUUCACACCACAGAAGUCUUUAGAGGAAUUCCAAGAUGUUUACCUGGUCAUGGAGCUGAUGGACGCAAACCUUUGCCAGGUGAUUCAGAUGGAACUGGACCAUGAGAGGAUGUCCUACCUGCUGUACCAGAUGUUGUGUGGAAUCAAACACCUGCACUCAGCCGGCAUCAUCCACAGGGAUCUGAAACCUAGCAAUAUUGUGGUGAAAUCCGACUGUACGCUGAAGAUCUUGGACUUCGGGUUGGCGAGAACUGCCGGCACUAGCUUUAUGAUGACGCCCUACGUGGUGACGCGGUACUACAGGGCCCCGGAGGUCAUCCUGGGCAUGGGCUACAAGGAGAACGUGGAUAUUUGGUCAGUUGGUUGCAUCAUGGGAGAAAUGGUGCGCCACAAAAUCCUAUUCCCCGGCAGGGAUUACAUCGACCAAUGGAAUAAGGUUAUAGAGCAGCUCGGCACACCCUCUCCUGAGUUCAUGAAGAAACUGCAGCCGACGGUGCGUAACUAUGUGGAGAACAGGCCAAAAUAUGCUGGCCUGACCUUCCCGAAACUCUUCCCUGAUUGCCUCUUCCCUGCAGACUCGGAGCACAACAAACUCAAAGCUAGUCAGGCCAGAGACCUGCUGUCUAAGAUGUUGAUCAUUGAUCCUGCUAAGCGGAUAUCAGUGGACGAGGCCCUGCAGCACCCCUACAUCAAUGUGUGGUACGACCCGGCCGAGGUGGAGGCAGCCAGGAAUCAGCAGAUAUCUAUGCCUCCUCCACAGAUCUAUGAUAAGCAGCUAGAUGAGAGGGAACACUCGAUUGAUGAAUGGAAAGAGCUCAUUUAUAAAGAGGUGAUGAACUUCGAGGAGAGAACAAAGAAUGGUGUGGUGAAGGGACAGCCCUCUCCCUCAGGUGCAGCCAUGAACAGCAGCGAGAGCCUCCCCCCCUCCUCCUCCGUCAAUGACAUCUCCUCCAUGUCCACCGACCAGACCUUGGCCUCCGAUACCGACAGCAGCCUGGAGACCUCCGCCGGACCGCUGGGGUGCUGCAGGUGACUAACCGCCUGCCUGCGCAACCCCAUGUUCUUCAGAAGGUGAACGGCCACCGCGACCCCGACCGAGUACAAAUCCACAAACCUCUGAAAAAUGUAAUUAACAAAAUAAAAAAAUUAGUUAAUAUAUGCGUAAAAUAAUGUAUCAUGAGUAAAUGAUGACAAAGUAUGCAUUUUCAUUCAAAGAAACGUCUGAAUAUGUAUAUUUAUGAAUCUUUACUAGUUGCUUUGCUUUUAAUCCCCUCAUAUGGCAUCGAAAAAAAACGAGACUUCAAAAAAAGAAAAGAAAAGAGAAAAAAAGGGCCUAAUCGGGCAUCUCUGUAAAGUGUACAUUGACUGGCUGAUAUCUAUUACCUUGCGAUUUUCUGUGCUUCAGUCGAUGUGGCAGGGUGGGCUUUUAUUUUAAAGAGCACUGUACUAUAUUCGAUCAGAUGAUUUUGAGAUGAUUUUAUUUUGCUUGUGCCGAAACUCCCAACUGGUUUCGGAUGGGCUGGUGUGUCUAUGUGCGACUCCUCGUAAGGUAAAAUAAUAAUAUGUACAAUGGCGCCCCCUAUUUUUUGUAUAUAUGUAAUUGUGUACAGUUGUGAGGCGUUCUCAGAGUGGGACUGACGGCCAGUAGAGGGAGUAUUUGCACACCUUGCCACAUUACAGCUAAUCACCCGUUUCCCUUUGCCUGUAGUCUUGCAUGGUCAGAGAAAAAGUAAUUAAGCUAAUUAUAACAUAUACAAAUAUAGAUAACUGUGUUUAUAUAACAUUUAAGGAGCUAACGGGUGAAUGAGGGCGUAUCUGUCACUCGACAGGAAUUGAGGCUGCUUUAAAGGAAGCCAUUGGGGGGUACAAGCACGGUUGCUGUCAUUUUCCGACUUUCAACAGCCCUUCCUUCGUGUUUGUGAAACUCGCCCUCUCUGCGACAGCCUUGCAUGCUUCAACUUCACCUUUGAAAGGUGUGUGUCUAACUAAGUCGAGAGCAUGCACCUCAUCUUCACAUUUUGUUCCUUGUUCACAUCCACGCAAACUAAAUCUCAUCUCGAAACUCAUAUUUUUGUGUUGUCUAAAGGGAAUCAACAUGCUUACUACCUAAAUUUCACAGCUGGAGUUUAUUAUUAAACCUGUUUAUUGUCGGAUUUGGGAAGUGCCUUUGAAAUAAUGCAGUUUCCUCCUCAAAAAACACGAAUACAGUAAACGCGACGGCUCUGGUAGAGAUGUUCCAGGUGGUGUCGGAUGUGUCAGGUCUGUUUACCCAAUCCCACAAUCCCCUAUUCAUAUAGAUUUAGAGAUCUGGCUCUUGUAUCCAAGUGUCUGAUUUAAAGUCACUGUAUGUUAAAGAAAAAAAGGCACCUGGACAAAAAUCUGUUAUAAGCCCCAGAUCGGAGAACUACAGUGGCCUCAAACAGUAUUUGGACAUUUAUAUCACACUUAAAAAUGUUAUAACAUUAAAAAUAAAUAAAAUUCAGUUCUCCUCAAGUUUACACAGGUGUAGUUCAUCACAUUAAACUAUGAAAAUGUUCCACUAACGUUUGACAACCCCAGUUCAUGUAUCAUUUAACAUACAUAUUAGUUUGAUCUUUGUUUGGGAAAAAAAAAAUGCCACUAAUAUUUUGUUAUAUAGAUUGACAUGCAUUUUAAAUAAAUGUUUGAAGUGUCCAAAUAUGCUUUGAGGCCACUGUUUGUUCCAAUGUAACACCCCCCCCCCCCCAUCCCUCACAUUUAAUUGUUCCAUUUUUAAAAAGAUGAUUAAUGUAGUUUACAUUUUCAAACACACAUGGCUGAUGUUUUUAGUACUACUAGGUAAAGUUUAGCUUCAUUGAAUAUACAUUAUGAAGUACACAGUAAAUUGAACAUAUAAUAUUUAAGUUGUACGGUUUUGUUUUGUACCUGUAUUUGUCCAAUUUGAUCCGUGUACUAAAAAUUUUAAUAAAGGGAUGAAAUACACAUGAUUUUUUGGUUUGUUUAUGUAACAAAGCUCUCAUUUUCUAACUCAUUCUCACUCAGAAACACUCUUUUUGUGGAUAAAAUUUAAUUAUUAUUAAUUAGCCUAAAUUAUUAGUAUUUUUAAUAACAUUUAUAUGGCAUUGCAUGUUUAUGUUUAUCUGAUUCUGCUUAGAGGUACACUAUGUAACUUUUGGCUGUCAAGCGGUUAAAAACAAAACUGAAUGCAUUUUGUGGAAGAAUAUUAUUUGGGUUGUGCUUCGGCUCUGCAUGACUGUGAGGAUGAAUAUGGUUAUCAUACUGCUCACAAAACAUUCACUACUAUAUAGAGAUAUAACCAGUUUAGAUGGAAAGGAUCUUAAGCUGACUAGCUGAAGAUGUUACUGUACCCAUUAAUAGACACGGUACUUCCUUGAAAAUAAAUUCCAGCAUAGCGCCACAACAACCCAUAAUAAAAUGACCCUUCACAAUAGAUAAUACAAUGAACUCUGUGAGAGUGCGACAAAUGGCAAUUUAUCUGUUCAAUAACAUACCUUACUCGCAUUUAGAGUAAUAAAAACACCAUCUCCAUGUCGCUUUUACAUUUCAAAGACAUUUACAACCAUCUCAGAGAAGCCAAACCAAUGUUGAUUGUUUUAUGAUGAGCUCUGCCUCUGUCCAAAGAUUAUAGAUAUAGAAAGACGGUUCACUACUUAUGAAUGGGAGAAACUGCAACGCGCAAUAUGGCACAAUACGUCCCGCCUUCUAAGUAAAAAAGCCAAUCGCUGAUUGAUAAAGUCAUUGCGUCACUGCAGCUGCCGUUAGAAGCUCCAGUUCCCAUAAAAACCUGAGACUCGCGUUUAGGACCGCACAUGCACAUUGGCUAGUCUAGCCUGAAAAAUAAGCUUUUUAACACUAUUUAAGCAUAAGAAACAAAAUUUAUAGGACAGUUCAUGUCAGAUUUUGUUGCUGAUUUGAAAUAUAUUAUUUAAUUGUGAGUUCGCCCAGCAGUUUUUGAGAUUUCAGGAUUCCCCCAUUCUAAUAGAUAGGACUGGGGGUGCUUCUCCAUAGAGUGGUGCAGGUAUGACGUCACUUUGUAGGCCAAUCCGGAAGCUAGCAGCACACGGGUUCCCUCGAUUGAAAGCCUAUGCAUUUUUCCCAUAGACUUUUGGAAAAUCGCAAAAAAUAAGCUCUGUGUUCAACAAAGGGUUAUGAUAAUACACGUUUUGCCCAUCAAGAUAAUUUUCACAGAUAAACAUAACUUUUAUGAAGUUUGAAGCCUAAAUGCAGUCGCCAGAAGUAAAAAGCUAAAGGUAGGCUAUAAACGAACUACACCACGGUCGCUCGACUUCAACUAAGCUUCCAACAACUCUUUCAGUUUUUAUCUAAAAACAUUUUCCCAGCACGUUUGAGUUAGAAUAGUUUAUAAGAGUACAAUUAUGAGCAUAAUGAGGCUGUAAAAGCAGACUGAGCUUACCUUCUCAGAGUGAUGACGAUUAAUGUCCCCGACUGCCUGUGUAGUCCCAUUUAGCCACUUGUUAGCAACCGCCUUUUUCAAGACACAUAACAGCUUAAAAAAAAUCACAAGUGGGGUAAUACUGAUGCAUUUUAUGUCGUAGAAUAAAUCGUGAAACUGUCUUGAGCUUGCGUUCACCACAGACUUUAUUUCAACCAUUUAACCAAAAUCCCAUUCAAAAAACCCAUUGCCUUCGGGGCGAUGGAACCGGAAGUGCUAAAAUGCUAACUCAUUUCCGCAUUUUGGCCUACAAAGUAAUGUCAUACCUGCACCACUCUAUAUCCCUCCUUGUUUCCUCACUCCUAUGACCCGGAAACCGAUCAAGCUCAGCCAAUUUGUAGGACAUCUCAAUUCUCUAAUUGCACCGUGAGGAAGCUUCCUGAGGAGUCAUGAUCGAGGAUACACACAGAGAUUGUAUAUUAUAGGGAGAUAAGAGGGUCUGUAUCUCUUACCAUUGGAGAAAGCGUAACGGCUAACGUAAUCACGUGCGGCACCACUCAGCCUAUCGUGUAAUGGUCCCCUUCCCUGCUUACCGCCACAGCCAGAGCGUUAGCAUUAGCCUUAGGUUGCAGGCUUGCCUUCCAGUGGCUUUGAUACUCAGGCGCAUCCUUUGCGGAAGUCUUUAUCGUCGAGAAACCUGACGCACGUAUACAUUCUCCUCCCCCGUCACAUGUGUCAAUAAUUUAAAUGUAAUCUUUACUUUUGCAGUUUAAAUAAACUUAACAUCUCACAUAUUUCAACGGAGCAUCUUGAGUUAUUAAUAUUUUUUUUUUUUUUAAAUAACCAAUGAGGGCAGAUCCCUCGAGCGCAGCUGAUGACGCUUUGAAGUGACGCUCGGGUGAACGAGAACGUUCCAAUACAAAUAACAUUUCCUUCGAUUCCUCCGUCCUCGUUUUCUUUCCUUGCAUCCUCCCCUCACAUCCUACGGGGGUGGAGCUGAGACGCGAGGAAAGGAAGCACAAAUAAGAAAUGAGAAGCACCCUUGGUCUUGGAUGCCCGAAAUAGCUGCCCGGAGGCGUUGCAAAUAUGGCCGCCGAGUGAACAUACUUUCCUUGAAAAGGACUUUGCUCUGUCGCGUUCUCUGUUUGCCAACAGACUCUCCUCUGUUCGGCGUUUUUUUUUUAACGGGUGAUUCCCCUCAGGUUGAAGAUUUAGCUGCUGCUGCUCCAUGUAAAAUUUUCACUCUCGUUGUGAAAACUAACUUCCAACUCCCACACCAUACACGCGUAAAAAUAGAGCAACUUUUCUCUUAUUUACCGAUGUGGCGAGACACGCACGGGCGAGUGACAUACUUUAUGUACGCAAAUUCCCGCGAGAACCAUCCUGUCAGGUCUAAAAUAUAAACACCUAUAGGCUUACCGUAGUGAAUCAGAGCACGACAAAAACACAAUAUUAUAUUAUUAUAAAUUAACUCGUUGUUUAAAUUUUGUUUAUUUUGAACAAAAAAGUUUCAUGGUGUACCUCUACGUUUGUUUUUCAGUUAACAAAUGUGUUCAAUUGAAUUUUUUGUUUUAUGACAAUAACAUGCAUUUAUCACCUCUAACAUCAAAUAUUGACCCUAUACGUGUCAUUACAUAUUCUAGCCUUCCAUCUGACACUUUUAGAGCUGAAUAUAUGAAUUGUUCAAACAUAAAACUUAAGAAUUUUGAUAUUGAAAGCCAUUUAAAUUCCUAUUUUAUUUGCAUGAACAUCAUCAUAAGUUUCCCAACCUAAUCAGACAUUUCCGCCAUAACAACCUUAUAUGGUACAAAGUAAUAGGCUACAUAUCACCUCUAGAGGACAGAGAGGGGUUCUGGGAGGUCUCCAGUCUCUGCAAAAUAAUUCAAUAUGGCUGCUGAUGAUUUUACAACAGGGUGGACACGUACAUAUAUAGUAGCUUUUGUAUUUCAAUUGUUAGAAUUCAAUAUUACUUGUAAAUCGUUGCGUUGUGUAUCCAAUUUGUUGAUUACAUUUCAUUUUAGAAUAGACGGACAACAAUGUGGUGUGGCAUCUUGCAUUUUAUACAGGUUAUUUUUCAACGAAAGGACCCUCCUUUCUGUUGGGUCGCGCACAGGGUUAAUUUUUAUGACUCCAUAGUCUCAGUUAUCCAUUUUGAACUUCGCAUCACUUAAACCAGUUGUUAUGAAACUAAGCUCAAAGCGUUAACAUGAUGUAUUAACUCAAACUCUAAGGUUUCCUCAUAUAAGAGGUUGAAAUGAGUCGAGUUUCAGCCCAGGAGUGUGCAUUUCUCCCAUGGUGCUUCAAAUAAAAAACUUUGGGAUUGAUUUCUCAGAAUGGCUUUUGAUUAAAGUAGGUGUCAACACUGAAUGUUUGUACUUUUCACAAUGUUAUAAUGCUGCUUCUGAAACCAUUAUAAACCUGCGAGAACAGUGAUAUACACGGGAUGCCACUACUGUUGCAUUGUGGGUAAAGUACUGAGUGUUAAAGCUGCAGGUGUGCUGUAAGUGCUGUAUUGUAGAGUUUGACUUUGUCUCGUAACAGUGGCGGUGCAGUUUGUGAGCAGGGAACGAAAGAAUGGAAAUGAUGUAACUUAACAAUGUGCUAUUAUGAUGUCAUCGUUUAAACUCAAGCUGAUUGGUCGAGAUGGUGGCCUUAACAGAAUUGUAAAAUAUUCCCAGGUUUUGUUUUUUAAGGUUUCGAUUAAAUCUGUUAAUUAGUCCAAUUAAAAAUGAUGCAGUCUUGUAUGUUCAUCAAAUGAAUGCAUGUUCACUAGAAACAGUUCAGCAGCUCCCAGUGUACACAUCUGUCAUGUUAUGUUUGAAAUCAAGGUAUAUUUAAUGUAAUAUUUUAGUAUGAAGUACAUACUUCCAUAACAAUCUGCACAACAAUGUACAGUUGAUGAAUCUCUGUGUCACUGCAAUCAAACAUGAACACUCAGAGCAAUACAGACCACUACAUCCUUUACCACUGACCUGUUUUCAUUUUUUUCCUGUCUUCACUUUCCUUCUUCCUUACGUUUUGUUCCAGUCCUUCCUUCCCAUAUAUAUUUUCCUUAUUUCCUUUUUCUGCAUUCACUUUCCUUCUUUGUUGCCUUUCCUUUUCAUCCUUGCUUUCUUUGCUUUUUCGUCUUCAUUUUUGUUUCCCUUCUCUCCCUUUUUCCCUUCUUCUUUCCUUAGUUCUUUAUUGUUUACUUCCCUCACUUGCCUUUGUCUCCCCAUCUGUUUCCUUUCCGUUUUUCCUUUCUUCCUGUUUACCUUUCUUCCUUAUUCUUUUUCAUUUCUUUUUCUCUUUUUACUUCUACCUUCGCUUUCAUUCUUUUUGCUUUUUCUUUCCAUUCCUCCUGUUUCUUUUUUCUUUUUACCUUGUCCUUUCCUUUAUUUUUCCAUUUUCUUUUGUCCUGUUUGUUUCCUUCCUUCCUUGUUCUUUUUUCUGUCUUCAUUUGUUUUCCUUCCUUCCUUCUUUCCUUCCUUCCUUCCUUUAAUUUAGUUCCUUCACUUUCCUUCCUUCCUUCUUUCCUUCCUUUCUUCCUUUAAUUUAUUUCCUUCAUUUUUAUUCCUUCCUUCCUUUAAUUUAUUUCCUUCACUUUCCUUCCUUCCUUUUUCCUUCCUUCCUUCCUUCCUUCAUUCACUUUUAAUCCUUCCUUCCUUCCUUCCUUCCUUCCUUCUUUCAUUCCUUUCUUCCUUUAAUUUAUUUCCUUCCUUCCUUUUUUCAUUCCUUUCUUCCUUUAAUUUAUUUCCUUCCUUCACUUUUAUUCCUUCCUUCCUUUGUCCUUCCUUCACUUUAUUUCCUUCACUUUCCUUCCUUCCUUCCUUCCUUCACUUUUAUUCCUUCCUUCCUUCUUUCCUUCUAUUCUUUUAAUUUAUUUCCUUCAGUUUAUUUCCUUCACUUUCCUUCCUUCCCUUUCUUUCCUUCCUUUCUUCCUUUAUUUCCUUUACUUUCCUUCCUUCCUUACUUUUUCCUUCCUUCCUUCCUUCCUUCCUUUAUUCCUUCAUUCCUUCCUUCCUUACUUCCUUCCAACACUUUACUUUCUUGCUUUUUGUUUCCUUUCCAUUUAUUUCUUUCUGUUUAAAUUCCUUUCUUCGCCUUUUUUGUCCUUUCCUUGUUUCCCCCUACAUCUUCCUUCUUUCUUCCUUUUUCCCUUUCUGUCCUUUCUUCUUUUUUUCAUCUUAAUUUCGUUCUCCCCUCUUUUUCCUAUGUUCUUUCUUUCUAAGGUUAUUCAAGGUCAGAGAUCACAGUAGUGCAAUAACAAAACUCUUUAAGUGUGGAUGAACGAUGGAUUGUUUUUCUAAUCAUGAAUUCACACUGUGUACUAGUUAAUGUUACGAGUCUCAUGGUGAUGUUCAACUCAAUCAAGUCUUUAUGGUUUCAUUUUGACUCAGAUGGUAUUUUUAAGCCUCUUUCUCUCUCCAUCUAUCUCUUUCCGUGCUGUCAGUGAGCCAUUCUGUUGAGAGAUGGAGGCUGUGGUUCUUUACACAGUGCUUUCUGACAUCUAACGCCAUUUUCACUCCACCUGCUCCAGGCUGUUGUUCAAAUCAAAUGAUUCUACAAAUGCAAGAUAAGAUGAGAUGGUUUGGGGGAAAAAAUUAAAAAUAAAAAUUAAAGAUUUAAACAGCACUAUGAAUUGCUGUUAGCACCCGACAUUUUAAAGGUACUGUGUAUGUAAUAUAAAUAUCUGUAUGUGACUGAAAAUAAACUCCUUUGACCUUGAAA